UCAGGUUCAGCAAAACCCACCACAAAGAUGGCGGUGGAACGAAGCCCCUUCUCCCGCCGCUAAAGGCUCUCGCUUCACAUUUCCCACAAACCCUUCCGCGCGGCCCCGCUCGCCGAAACCCGCCCGGCCAAGUGUCCGGCCACUGCGCACGCGCGGCUGACGUCACGUGCGCUGCCAGGGCUCGGCGGUGCUGGCAGGAGGGGCCUUGCCAGCUUCCGCCGCCGCGUCGCUUCAGGGCUCAGGCGGCGGGUUCGCGCUGCCUCCGCCGCCGCUGGGCAGCCGGGGGGCGCGGAGCCGAGCGAGGGGCUCGCGGCGGCGCAGCCAUGGGACUGCGCCGGAUCCGGUGACAGCAGGUAGCCGAGCGGCCCAGGCCCUGAGCGCAUCUCCUCCGGGGGGCCUCGCCCUCCUGCUCGCGGGGCCGGGGCUCCUGCUGCCGUUGCUGGCGCUGCUGCUGGCGGUGGCGGCGGCCAGGAUCAUGUCGGGCCGCCGCUGCGCCGGUGGGGGCGCGGCCUGCGCGAGCGCGGUGGCCGAGGCUGUGGAGCCGGCCGCCCGAGAGCUGUUCGAGGCGUGCCGCAACGGGGAUGUAGAGCGAGUCAAGAGGCUGGUGACGCCCGAGAAGGUGAACAGCCGGGACACGGCGGGCAGGAAAUCCACCCCGCUCCACUUCGCCGCAGGUUUUGGGCGGAAAGAUGUAGUUGAGUAUUUGCUUCAGAAUGGUGCAAAUGUCCAAGCACGUGAUGAUGGGGGCCUUAUUCCUCUGCAUAAUGCAUGUUCUUUUGGUCAUGCUGAAGUAGUUAACCUCCUUUUGCGACAUGGAGCAGACCCAAAUGCUCGAGAUAAUUGGAAUUAUACUCCUCUUCAUGAAGCUGCAAUUAAAGGAAAAAUUGAUGUUUGCAUUGUGCUCUUACAGCAUGGAGCAGAGCCAACUAUUCGAAAUACAGAUGGAAGAACAGCAUUAGAUUUAGCAGACCCAUCUGCCAAAGCAGUGCUAACUGGUGAAUAUAAGAAAGAUGAACUCUUGGAAAGUGCCAGGAGUGGCAAUGAGGAAAAAAUGAUGGGUCUGCUUACACCGUUAAAUGUCAACUGCCAUGCAAGUGAUGGAAGAAAGUCAACUCCAUUGCAUUUGGCAGCAGGAUACAACAGAGUAAAGAUUGUACAGCUGUUGUUACAACAUGGAGCUGAUGUCCAUGCUAAAGAUAAAGGUGAUCUGGUGCCAUUACACAAUGCCUGUUCUUAUGGUCAUUAUGAAGUAACUGAACUUCUGGUCAAGCACGGUGCCUGUGUAAAUGCAAUGGACUUAUGGCAGUUCACGCCUCUUCAUGAAGCAGCUUCUAAAAACAGGGUUGAAGUGUGUUCUCUUCUCUUAAGUUACGGUGCAGAUCCGACACUGCUGAAUUGUCACAAUAAAAGUGCUAUCGACUUGGCUCCCACACCACAGUUAAAAGAAAGAUUAGCAUAUGAAUUUAAAGGCCACUCGUUGCUGCAGGCUGCGCGGGAAGCUGAUGUUACACGGAUCAAAAAACAUCUCUCUCUGGAAAUGGUGAAUUUCAAACAUCCUCAAACUCAUGAAACAGCAUUGCAUUGUGCUGCUGCAUCUCCAUAUCCCAAAAGAAAGCAAAUAUGUGAGCUCUUGCUAAGAAAAGGAGCAAACAUCAAUGAAAAAACUAAAGAAUUCUUGACUCCUCUGCACGUGGCAUCUGAAAAAGCUCAUAAUGAUGUUGUUGAAGUAGUGGUGAAACAUGAAGCAAAGGUUAAUGCUCUGGAUAAUCUCGGUCAGACUUCUUUGCACAGAGCUGCACAUUGUGGUCAUCUGCAAACCUGCCGCCUACUCCUGAGCUAUGGAUGUGAUCCUAACAUCAUAUCCCUUCAGGGCUUUACUGCCUUACAGAUGGGAAAUGAAAACGUACAGCAACUGCUUCAAGAGGGUAUCCCAUUAGGUAAUUCAGAAGCAGACAGACAAUUGCUGGAAGCUGCAAAGGCUGGAGAUGUAGAAACUGUAAAAAAACUGUGUACUGUUCAGAGUGUCAACUGCAGAGACAUUGAAGGGCGUCAGUCUACACCACUCCAUUUUGCAGCGGGGUAUAAUAGAGUGUCUGUGGUAGAAUAUCUGCUGCAGCAUGGAGCUGAUGUGCAUGCUAAAGAUAAAGGAGGUCUUGUACCUUUGCACAAUGCAUGUUCUUAUGGACAUUAUGAAGUUGCAGAACUUCUUGUAAAGCAUGGAGCAGUAGUUAAUGUAGCUGAUUUAUGGAAAUUUACACCUUUACAUGAAGCUGCAGCAAAAGGAAAAUAUGAAAUUUGCAAACUUCUACUUCAGCAUGGUGCAGACCCUACAAAGAAAAAUAGGGAUGGAAAUACUCCUUUAGAUCUUGUUAAAGAUGGAGAUACAGAUAUCCAAGAUCUACUUAGGGGAGAUGCAGCUUUACUAGAUGCUGCCAAGAAGGGUUGUUUAGCCAGAGUAAAGAAGUUGUCUUCACCUGAUAACGUAAAUUGUCGUGAUACCCAAGGCCGACAUUCAACACCUUUACAUUUAGCAGCUGGUUAUAAUAAUUUAGAAGUUGCAGAAUACUUGUUACAACAUGGAGCUGAUGUGAAUGCCCAAGACAAAGGAGGACUUAUUCCUUUACAUAAUGCAGCAUCUUAUGGGCACGUAGACGUAGCAGCUUUACUAAUAAAGUAUAACGCAUGUGUCAAUGCCACGGACAAAUGGGCUUUCACACCUUUGCAUGAAGCAGCACAAAAGGGACGAACACAGCUUUGUGCUUUAUUGUUGGCCCACGGAGCUGAUCCUACUCUUAAAAAUCAGGAAGGACAAACACCUUUAGAUUUAGUUUCAGCGGAUGAUGUCAGUGCUCUCUUGACAGCAGCCAUGCCCCCUUCUGCUCUGCCUUCAUGUUACAAACCUCAAGUGCUCAAUGGUGUGAGAAGCCCAGGAACCACUGCAGAUGCUCUCUCUUCAAGUCCAUGUAGCCCAUCAAGCCUUUCUGCAGCCAGCAGCCUUGACAACUUAUCUGGGAGUUUUUCAGAACUGUCUUCAGUAGUUAGUUCAAGUGGAACAGAGAGUACUUCCAGUUUAGAGAAAAAGGAAGUUCCAGGAGUAGAUUUUAGCAUAACUCAAUUUGUAAGGAAUCUUGGACUUGAGCACCUAAUGGAUAUAUUUGAGAGAGAACAGAUCACUUUAGAUGUAUUAGUUGAAAUGGGGCACAAGGAGCUGAAGGAGAUUGGAAUCAAUGCCUAUGGACAUAGACACAAACUAAUUAAAGGAGUUGAGAGACUUAUCUCUGGACAACAAGGUCUUAACCCAUAUUUAACUUUGAACACCUCUGGUAGUGGAACAAUUCUCAUAGAUCUGUCUCCUGAUGAUAAAGAAUUUCAGUCUGUGGAGGAAGAGAUGCAAAGUACAGUUCGAGAGCACAGAGAUGGAGGUCAUGCAGGUGGAAUUUUCAACAGAUACAAUAUUCUCAAGAUUCAGAAGGUUUGUAACAAGAAACUAUGGGAAAGAUACACUCACCGGAGAAAAGAAGUUUCUGAAGAAAACCACAACCACGCAAAUGAAAGAAUGCUAUUUCAUGGGUCUCCCUUUGUGAAUGCAAUUAUCCACAAAGGCUUUGAUGAAAGGCAUGCAUACAUAGGUGGCAUGUUUGGAGCCGGGAUUUAUUUUGCUGAAAACUCUUCCAAAAGCAAUCAAUAUGUAUAUGGAAUUGGAGGAGGUACUGGGUGUCCAGUUCACAAAGACAGAUCUUGUUACAUUUGCCACAGACAGCUGCUCUUUUGCCGAGUAACCUUGGGAAAGUCUUUCCUGCAGUUUAGUGCAAUGAAAAUGGCACAUUCUCCCCCAGGUCAUCAUUCAGUCACUGGUCGGCCCAGUGUAAAUGGCCUAGCAUUAGCUGAGUAUGUUAUUUAUAGAGGAGAACAGGCUUAUCCUGAAUAUUUAAUUACUUACCAGAUUGUGAGGCCUGAAGGUAUGGUCGAUGGAUAAAUAAUUGUUUUGCAAAGUUAAUUCCACUGAACCUAAAAUCAUGGAAGCAGCUCAUGGCCUCUAGGAUUUACUUCUUUACUGAAAAAGAUCAUCUUGCCCACAGGCCCAUGGCAAAAGGAUUAAAAAAUGUGAAAGAAUUUUGACAUUCUGACUUGAUAAAGCUUUAAUAAUGUACAGUGUUUUCUAAAUAUUUUCUGUUUUUCAGCACUUUAACAGAUGUCAUUCCAGGUUACACUGGGUUUGUCUGUACUGAAUUAUAAACAGAGUUAAUUAACUUGAACCUUUUAUACGUUAUGCAUUGAUUCUGACAGAAACUGUAAUGCCCUCAACAGAACUCAUUUUACUAAUACAGUACUGUGUUUUUUAAAACACAGCAUUUACACUGAAUACAAUUUCAUUUGUAAAACUGUAAAUAAGAGCUUUUGUACUAGCCCAAUAUUUAUUUACAUUGCUUUGUAUUAUAAAUCUACUGUUUUAGAACUGCAGCAGUUUACAGAAUUUUUUUCGUAUUGCUCAUCUUGCAUUUUCAUAAUUGAGUGAUUUUUGCAUUUGAUUCCAGAGGCUGUGUUGAGUUAUUAGCAGAAACUUAGUUAGGAAAGAUUGGUUUAUCACAUUUAAUUUGCUGAUGGAAGUUUUUGUCUGUCACUAGAAAUCUUUCUCAUUUAAGAACUUAUUUUAUGAAUACUCUGGGGAUCUAAUUUGUGAUACCUUUGUAUGUAUAAGACACACAUUCCAAAGAGUUCUAUUCUAACUAUGGUAGGUCCUAGUUACUAAAGAAACUUCUUUACGGGCUUAACUCUAAAUUUUAUAUUGGAAAAUUUUCUAAUGUGAUUCUGUGAAAAUUAGAGCAAGUGCUCCUAUUUUUUAGAGGGGCUAAAUCCUGCUACUAAACAAUUAUGCUGUUCUUUUCACGGAAUAUAAAUAGGAAGUUAAAUUUCAAAGGUAGGAAGGGUAAUUCUGGGUAGUUUCCCAGUCAGAUUUUCUCAGUCUUCUCCUGGCCUCCUGCAUGGGCAAAUGCAGUGAGGCAGGUGCUUCCUGCUCCUGGGUUACCUCGCCAUGACAUUAUCCCCAGUUGGCAAUCUGUUUCCAGUUGGUACACCAUAUGGUCGCCAAGCCUAUGUUCAGUUUGGCAGCUGUAGAGGGAAAUGCUAUCCCAUAAAAUGCCGUUCCUGACUAUUUUCUGAUAUAAAACUCUUCCAGGAAACAUGCCCAAGCAUCUUGGUACAGAGAUAAUACUAUACAUUAUGGCUUAGCAAUCUAUUUUAUUUGUUGAUUCUAUCUCCCUCUAAAAUCAAGGAAAGAUUUUUAUCCAUUUAAUGAGAACAUUCCCCCUCAUUCUGUGUACCUACCAGUUUACUUCUGUUUUAUAUUUUAUUCAGUCUCUAACUGGCCCUUUGCAGUAACUUGUAUAUAAAGUGCUAGGAAAUCAUGUUUCUUGUCCUGAGUAGGAGUUAAUCAGGGUAAAUCCAUAUCUGAAGUUGUUUCUAUGAUGUAAAUUGUGAUCAUUAUUUAAGAUGUCAAAUCAUGACCUUGAAGUGCUUUUAUAUAGCUCUAAUAAUUGCAGAUAUGAUGAUCCUAAAGUCAUUUCUUGGAACACAAAUGAAGAAUGCCAAACUUUAUAUAAAUUUUACAGAUUCUCUUAGCUUCCAGUUUUUACAAUUAGAAGAUAAUGAGAUAAAUUAAUGGAGUUUAUAUUUACAUACUUCUCUCUCAACAUGUAGCCCAUAUAACUCACCUAUGAGUGAAUCUGGGAUUGCUUGUCUUGUAAAAUCGUUGUGGUCUAUGAGUUUAUGAUAUUUUGAACUUUGUUAUUUCAUCUAACCAUUGCUUAAUGACUGUUUUUCCAUGAAUGAUUAUACUGUGGUUAAUAUGUUAGCAUGGCAGUAUUCUCAGAUAGUUUUUUGUUUGUUGGGAGAUUGGGAUUUGGGGGGGCCGAGUUAGUACUUUGCAUGAAAUAUCUUACUUUAUAACGGUGAAAUUGCUUUUCCUUUUGUCUUGUGAUUUUUUUUUUUGAGGUGAAAUUUAACUUUUUGUGUGAGUAGUACUAUUAUACCUAUCUUGAGUGUCUUACUUGUACUGUAUCACAUUCCAUACCUUUGUUUAAUUCUUAAUAAACUGUUCACUUGUUUUUCUUGG